AGGGUCUCGUGCGACUGUUACAGUUCAGCGGUAUGCUGGCUGAGCAUUCAAAAGACUCAGAUGCGAGAAAACUGCAGUUGACACACUGGGAAGAUCUCGUGAACGAGUAUUUCUUGCCCUCCGCGACGAUGAAACUCACGUUGUGGAAAGACAACCAGCAAAAUGAGGCGAAAGUGUUCGAGGUAGGCACGCCGAUACUGCCUCGAUUCUUCCUCGUCACUAGCCAGUCUGGCGUGAAGUCCAUGACGCUGUCGUUGGACGGCGCGCGAGAACGCCCCGUAUCAAACAACCACGCGAUCGUGGAGUGCAUACAAGCAGUCUGGUCGUAUAAAUACACCAACGGUUACACCGUGACACUCCGUGGGCCUCUCACCGCGCACAUUUUCGUCAUCCCGCACCACCUUGCCAACGGCGCGUCCGCCCAGGCGUCUUCAACGCACCCGAGCUACGCGCUGAAGAUCAACAGCUUAGUAUUCGACUCGAACUUGUAUGAGAAGCAUAUUUCGCUGGACAUGAUCAUAGGUCAGCGCAUCGAGCCACCGAAGACGCCACGGCUACGGAACGCACAGACACCGACGAUGAAUGGUGGGGGUGGAGGUGGGGGCAGCGGCGCACUGAAGGAGGAGGACAAGUGGGACGAGCCGAAGAUCCUGUUUGAGCGCGCGAUGAUCCCGUCGGAGCCGGUGAACGCGUUUGGCAUCCCGCAAGCAACGAUGCGAUGUCUUGAGUUGGCGGAGAGUGUCGGGCAGAUGUCGGACCUGAUCACAUACUCUACGGAGAACACACUUGGACCAUUGGACGCGCUGAAGCAGUUCGCCCAGAAGAUUCGCGACUCGCACAACCCUGGGAACGGCCCAGUCUACGGCACUGUGCCAAUCGGCGUUCCCAGCCAGUACGGGGACGGGAUCAACGGCGCGCACACUACGUCAGCGCUGUCCCAGUCCGUGUAUGGAUCGACGCCUUCGGGCAUGCCUGGCCCGCUAGAUGGCCAUCCUAGUGGCCCGUCGUCGCUGCAAUUGCAGCAACAGGCCCAUCAGCAGCAGCAGCAGGCGGUGCAUCAACAGCAGCAACAGCAGCAGGCUCAUCAUCAACAGCAGCAGCAGCAGGCUCAUCAACAACAGCAGCAGGUCCACCAGCAGGCGCAACAACAUCUGCAUCAGCAUUCCCAAGCACAUCACGCGCAGCAGCAGGCUCAUCCACAGGCCCAACAGCAGGUUCAACAGCCACCGCCUUCAUCUGCGCCACCGCCAUCGCCAGACAAACCAAAGGGUACGCCGCAGCAAGCCCACCCACCCACGCCCGUCGCGGGCCCCAGCACCUCCACCGCGCCUCCUGCUGCGCCCGCACCCACCGCCUCGUCGUCCACACCCUCGAUGUCCAACACGUCGCUGAAGCGCAAAGCGGCCAACACAGAUACCGCGUCGCCGACGACGGCGACGUCCUCGGACCAGCCACCUCCCGCCAAGCGUCCGCCGCGAAAACGCGGACGGACCGCGGGCGGAGGGUGAAGAAACAACUCAUACCCCCAUUCUCCCCCGCCCCUUUGCAUAUAUGUUUGUCUCCUUCUCGUGUCUACUGCUCUCGUCGUCGUUCGCCAUCCUGGUCUCUUCUCGCUUUGCAUAGAUAUUGUAUUUUACAUAUACGCACUGUUUCUUGCCACAACACUGCCGGAGGGGGGAGAGGAUGUUAUAUGUUUAAUCGGCGUCGUAUUUAUUCACACCUGUACUGUACAUCACCGACCAUUCUCCGACGAAUAUCAACAGUCCAAGGGCUGUCUGGACCCCCCCC